UGGAGGGUUAGUCAAGGAAGCUCAGAUUAAACUUCCACUGAGUGAGUGGGCUUUUAGAAUACAGGCGUUUUCUGCGACAAAAAUUAAAAUUUACUCUAUAAUAUGUUGACAUGUUGUAUGCCACAAAACCUCAAAUCCAAUCCAUGAAUAAGGUGAUAAAACAUCAUAGAAAAACUCCACUUUUCUUUGCUUGCUCAUUCUUGCACUAUUAAUCGUAGAACACUGAUCGUGGAACUGUGCUUUGUACUGCACGGCUGCACCUAUAAAAGUCGAUGACCACUGUGACGAAACUUCGAAGUUCGAAAGACCCAUUGACCCUGAUUGACGUAAACAUUUACAUAAUUCAAUACUGUAUCUUCAGUGUUUUUCAAUGAUUUUUUAAAAAUAUUUUAGUCUUUCCAGGUGUUGACUUCCGGUCGGAGGCUUCCGGUGACGCUGCGUGACACUUGCAGCACAGGCAGUUUGCAUCAUUUGUUUAUGUUUGGAUUGUGGAAGAAACUACAACUACAAGUAUAUUUUGUGAAGCAAUAUGAAAGCGUCAACAGUAAUAUUUUGUGCAAUAUUCUUGCUUUCAGUGACAUUACACCUUGCACAAAGCAGAUCUUUAACUAUUGACUACGAGCGAGAUUGUUUUCUGAAAGAUGGCAAAGAAUUUCGAUAUAUUUCCGGUGGGUUUCACUAUUUUCGAGUGCCAAGGUAUUAUUGGAAAGAUAGAUUAUUGAAAAUCAAGGCUGCAGGUCUCAAUGCCGUGCAGAGGUGAGCUGGGUCGUGACAAAUUUAUUCUAGUUUUCAGAUCAGUGAUGCAGCUAGAUUUUCGACUUUCGCAAAAUCCUUCGUCUUUGUUUACAUAUAGUUAGCAACAAAAACAAAGGAAUUUUCGACGAAGUUAUUUGCGAAAUAGUAAGGAAUUUCCAGAAGACUUUUCCAAACGGAGCUUCCACCAUAGAUGGUGGAAGGGAAGGAUAGGAAACUCCUUAACUCAGCCCAGCGCGCGGGCUAAUAUGUUGAAAUUUCCGGUUAGUGAAUUAAGUCAUGUGAUCUUUAGACGACACAAAGAAACAUACCAUAGAUCCACCAAUCUCGUACCCAGAAAAUGCCCUUCACAGGUUAGGUGCUGGGCAUGAGGGCUGGGGUACAAUUUUGAGCCUGGAAAAAGAAAAUUCAGGGCUCUGGCACGAAAAAAAGAAGGAAAUCCAAUUUGGAAGGAAAUUGAAUGAAUUGCCAGGAAAAUGACAGGAAAUUUUAAUAAUCCAAUUUUCAAGGCAUUUUAAUUUAGUAAAAUUACACAUCAUGUAGCUUCUUCAGGCUGUAACUUUGGUCUGCAGUCACACACCUAGUGGGCAUACGGCUUACUGAUCAGUUUUCCUUUAAUUAGGAAAGCUACCUUAAAUGAUCUAAUUAAUGCCAACUCUCCACUAAACAACCCCGUAUCUAGAUAAUAGACACCCAGGUCAAAACAGAAUUUAUUAAUAGACGGUACGUCCAUGGUGUAUACCUAAUAUUUAGAUGCAUUGAAAAUUACUUGACGUAACAGCUAGGCAACAUAAUAUUCUCAAUCUCGUUCUAUCGAUCAAACCACACUUCACAGUAAUCAAACUUUUAAACUUGUGUCUAAAAUUGAGAUCGCUAAAUUUUGUCAAGAAUUAAAUCACGAAUUUAGCCUCUAUUUGGAAAACUCUGGUAACUCUGGUUUUGCCCCUAUCUUACCAGACGAGAAAAUCAUUGCACGUAUAACUGAAUGUUAAUGACAAUGUAAAAAGGUUUUUUGGUUGCCAAAACUUAAUUUGGCUAAAUUCCCAUUGGUAAAUUUUCUUGCCAGGAAGUUAAUUAAUUAGGUUCCCAGGUUCGGAUACUUUAUCCACCUCUGUACCAAUAUUUGUUCUCGUGAAUUGGGAAAUGACGGAUUUUUGUGUCGUGAACCGAUGAUUUACAUGCCUAGAUGAUAUUGCUGGUAAUUUUGUCCAGGAAAUAAGAAUUUAUAUGAGGCUGGUAGAACAAAGAUUGGACGAGUAUUGAGAAGUGCGAACGUGAAGAAGAUCAAUGCUUUGGAUGUAACAAUUAAGGUCCAUACACACCGGGCGCGAUUCGACAACACGACGCGAUUUUUUAGUUUUUGAAAGUUAAUAAAACAGCCAAUGAGAGCAAAUUUUAAAAGAUAUGUAUACCAAAUAACUCAAAAUGUUAUACCGCUUCUAAAUAUUUGGAAAAUUUAUUAAACUAGGAUCAAAGUUAUCGUUCAAUCAGUGAAAACCUUUAAGGUCCAUACACACUGGACGCGAUUCGACAACGCGACGCGAUUUUUUUUUUAUCCUACUAGUUUAAAUUUUCCAAAUAUUUAGAAGCGGCCCGGUACAACAUUUUGAGUUAUUUGGUAUACAUAUUUUUUUUUAAUUUGCGGCUCUCAAUGGCUGGCCCAUACAGACCAGACGCGAUUUGGCAACGCGAUGCGAAUUUUCAAUUUUCAAUGACAUUUAACUUUAAAAUUUUUCUAUGUUUUUCUAAUAUCCGAAACCACAUAAGCAAUUUUAGCUAUUUGGUCUGAAUAUCUUAUAAAAUUUUUAUCCGGCCAUCACUGUUUACGGUUUUAUUAGUUUUCAACAAAACUGACUAAAUUGGCGUCGCGUUGUCGAAUCGCAUUCGGCCGUCUGUAUGGGCCUUAUUACUGCAAGACUGCAAACAUACAUUUUCUUGAUGUUUACUACUUGGUUGGUUUUGAAAAAGUCUUUGAAUGUUGAGCUUUCACUCCACAAAUUAGAUUCGAUAACGUAAAAAUAAGGAUCAAGAAAAGCAUUAAAAUACAUAAGGAUAGAAAAUACAAAUUACAAUUAAAAAGUUAACGUGUAAUUUAAUUUUCGCGAAAUAUGGUAAGGGAGCGGUCAUUAUUUAUGGCGGGGGGUGGCACCGAAGAGAAAAGGGUUGGGUAAACAAAAGUUUGAGUGAGUAAAAGUUGGGUAAAUCAAAAACGAAACAACUCAAAGGUUGGGUAAUAAAAAUAUAUUGUCAAUUCCAAAGCAUGACUCACUCAAAUAUUGAAGACUGAAAACUUCAAAGUCAACAGUCAUAUGUCAAUACAAUAUGUGAAUCAAUCUAUAUCUUCAUCAUUUUCCGAUUUGUUGGGAGACAAAUGGUGUCUCCAAAGAAAGUAAAUGUGCAGACAACAUGAAACUUUAGACUGCAGAAAAGUCAGUAAAUUUCACAAGCAGAACGUUAUCAAACUAUCAAACAUUCACAAGCCGAACGUAAUCAAACGUAUCACAGAAUUGGUAAAGGACUAGUAAGAACGUCUGCGAGGGAGACUGUCAUGUGUGACAACUGAAUGACAUCCUUUUGUAACGUUUUUGGCCAGGGGUGGGUAUUUAUUUUUUAAAUGAUACUUGAGGUUGGGUAAUCAAAUUUUUGAUUUUUUAAUGGUUGGGUAAGCAAAAUUUUUGCAACGAAAUACAUUUCUCUUCGGUGCCACCCCCCACCAUAAAUAAUGACCGGUCCCUAAUGAUUUUUUGCAUGCAAAAUGUGAAAUGACUGUUUUUCUUCACGUGAAACGUGAUCCGAACUCCCCUUUAUCACCCUCUACGGUCCGUAGAGGGUGAUAAAGGCAGACUACGUAUGUUUGCCUUCAGUUGCUACUUUUGCUUUUCUACGUAGUAGCUAUGCCUGCAUAAUGCGUAAUCUUACAAUAUGCGUCACUGCUCUUAGAAAGUUUAAAAAUGCAUUCAGAAUUUAGAAGGGACAACAUUGUAUUCGAUCCCAAACGGCCAAGUUAGAGAAACUUAGCAAGUAAAAAAUUGAAAGGCAACAAAAAUCAGGAGCAACUACUAGGUGAUCGUAUGGAGUAUAAAUCUGCGUUUUUCCGGUCUGGAAGUAUAGAAUGUUUGAACUUACAGUACUUAUCAUGCAAUGGGUAUCUUCAGUUCAGAUGACCUUCAUUCAAUAUAUCUAGAAUGCAACCUUAGUAUUCACUUUACUGCUUUAGUGAACAAAAAUGUAUGUUUAUGGACACACAAGCCGUUGUCAUAAAUAAUAUUUUUAGGGGGAUUUCAUCUCCCACUUCCACAGUCCAGAUUCUAAGAGAUGGGCCGGAAUUAGAAAGAUGCAGCUACUGCUACAGGAAGGGGCAAUGGGGUCCACUGUCAGACAAUUUUCGUUUUUUGAGCCUCUUGGGCUUAGUUUCAACUUUUGAUAUAUUCAAGUAUGCAGACUGAGCUUUCAGUAUAAAAACAAGGUUUGUUUUUUAUGGGAAUAUUUUCAGGGUUCGUAGCGGUCUUUGAAAUCCUUGAAAGUCUUUGAAUUUGAAUGCAUGUCUUUAAGGUCUUUGAAAAAUCUUUGAAUUGUGUGAAAAAGCGAAGAAAGUCUUUAAAAGUCUUUAAAAUUAAUUAUUUAGUGAGUAUUUGAUUAUACAAUUUCCAAAAGCUAAUAAAAUAGAUUGAUUGAAGAGCAACGUUUUCGCAAAUAUCGACGAAAAGGUACAUUUUAAGAUGUGAUGUGGCGGGACUAAUUACUGGGCAAAAAUGGUGCUUACGCUCGCAAGUUUUCGACAGCUGAUUGCUCUCAAAGGUCUUUGAAAAGUCUUUGAAAAUAGGCAGAAAAAAUCUUUGAAAGUCUUUGAAUAUUUUUGGUCUUGGAGACUACGAACCCUGUAAAAGCACUCAUCUGAAGUUUGUGUUCCCCUUGUUUUCUUAUACUGUGGACAAAACGACCUUUACGCUUUACUAGACAUGUCAAAAUAGUUUACCUGGUGGGGAAAGGGCAAUAUGGGCUGGAGAGGCCAAUAGUAUACAUGUCAAAAAUCCGUCAUUUCACAUGUCAAGAGGACAAAUAUUAGCAAUGCGGGGCUCACAAUAACACCCUUUACCACCAUGUCUAUAAACGCCAGAUGAUUUUACUUGAUCGUCAAGGGGGGAGCGGUGGCGUUCAAUGGUAAUUAGUAUUGUACUGGAAAUCAAUGAAAAUUCAAUGACAUCCAUGAUUAGGGUCCCUAUACUGUGAUUAGGGAUUGACGAAUAAUCGGUAUUGGUAUUGGUAUUGGAUUUGGACCGAUUUUUGCCUUAUCGGUAGGGAACGGGUAGAAUUAUCUGUAUAUCUGAUUGUAUGAAACCAAUUGUUGAGAAAGUUACGCACUUUAAAAAUUAUAUACACUGAGCGUUGAUUCACGGUUUUAAAGAACAUUGGUUACAGUAACAUGGUACAUUGGAAAUUAUCAUGAAAAAAUCGAAAUGAAUGACGUCACCUUUACUUGGUCGACUGACAUUAUGACGUCAUUAUAAAAUCGGCCAGGCCUGAUUACUUUUCCCUGAAGAAUGUUUUCAGGUGGUCAGAUGUUAGUUCAAAAUUGAAUCUUUCGAUUCCUGCCAGGGAUCUAUAGUUGCAUUUUUCGCCAAUGAACUCAUAUAAGAUGGGUCGUUUUUUAAUUACGUUAAAAUAUUCGCGUCCGAUCUUUAUCUGACAUACAAACUCUCGGCUCGAGUGUGUAUAUCAGAUAAAGAUCGGAAGUUCAUGUUUUAGUACAUAAAUUUCCACCCGAUAAUUUCCAUCUACAAGAUCCUUCAAACAUUACAUUCUACCCUGUAGCUAUGUAGCAUGGAAUAUCCACGAACCAACUCCGGGACAUUAUAAUUUUGUUGGAGAUGCAGAUCUUCUGAGUUUUAUUGAGUUGGUCAAUGAAACUGGACUGUUACUGGUUUUAAGGCCAGGUAAGUGCUUUACAAGAAUUACAUUUGUGCACUUUGCAUGCAUACACCGCAGUCAUGCAAGAUAUUAGAUAUCAUAAUUAUUACAGUUAUCUUCGAAUGAAAAGAAGUAAUAUAUUAUAGGGCAAUAAUUAUGGCUUCCAUAUGAGCAUGGCUGAUUAGAUAUAUAUUGCAUUUGAUAAAAAAAUGUCAGAUUGAGAAAGAAUUUCAGGUGCACGUUCGCUUUUUUCAAGUAAUUUGACUUGUAACGUUUCUUUCUCCACGAUCCUUCCAGAUUUCACAAAGAGAGAAGUUGGUUUGAAUUAGUUCUCGUUUGAAAACGUUGCACCUUUCACUUGCACAAUAAUCAAUAUUAGUGAUCGACUUUUAAUCAGCAUUAAAAUUAUUUUUUAUAUAGGUCCAUAUAUUUGUUCUGAAUGGGAUUUUGUAAGUAUUUAAAUUUUAUUUCAAAAUUGAAUAUUAUGCCGGUUGUAAUAGUGAAUGAAAGCAAUAAUCUUUUUCUUGAACAAUUUACCAUUAGGGAGGCUUUCCAGCAUGGCUUCUAAAGAAUCAAUCCAUUGUCUUGCGGUC